AUAUUAGGCACAGCAAAUAUUGCCUUCAAAUAUUACACCAGAAUCCACAAACACUUGAUACUUGUCAUUUGUCAACACAAGGAGCUGGGUUGUUGAGGUCGGGAGUAAUGGCGAAAGCAAUUGCGAUCUUACUCUUUCUGGUUCUCAUCACUUUAGUUUAUGCAAAAAAGUCGGACGAUGUGAAAGAAUUACAGAUCGGUGUCAAGUAUAAGCCAGCAUCCUGUGAGAUCAAGGCUCACAAAGGUGAUAAAAUCAAGGUCCACUAUCGGGGACAACUCACAGAUGGAACUGUUUUCGAUUCCAGCUUUGAAAGGGGUGAACCCAUAGAGUUUCAACUUGGUAGUGGCCAAGUCAUCAAAGGUUGGGACCAAGGACUGUUGGGAAUGUGCGUGGGUGAGAAGAGAAAGUUGAAAAUACCAUCAAAACUCGGUUAUGGGGACCAAGGAUCUCCCCCAACAAUUCCUGGUGGAGCAACUCUUAUCUUCGACACUGAGCUUGUUUCGGUGAACGGGGACCCAUCCAGCGGAGGUGCUGAAGACAUUGAUGAAGACGUCGAUGACGAACUAUAGACUGGAAGCGCUACAAUUGAAGUUUUGCUGUCAAAGUAGACUUACAAUGGUAUUAGAUCAUUGAGUUGCCCAGAGUAGUUUCUAGCUUUUUGUUUGACAUUUCUUUUUCACCAUUUAUCUGCCGAACGUUAGUAGAGAAGAAUAGAAGAUCAAUAAUCCGUCUUUUGCCACAUAUUUUUUUUUCUAAGCUAUAAAUGGUUCUAUGCAUUUGCUUGCGUUUACAAUUUUA